UGUUGGCAGCCGGCGACGCCGGCCGCGCCUGGCCAGUCCCGCAUCGGCCGCGGUGGGUGUGCCCCACUGGGUGUGCGCCCCGGGCCCAGGCCCAGCCCGCCGGCGAGAGGGCGCCCGAGGGUGUGCGCGCCCUGGGCGACCAGAGUGCGCCAGCCCGGGGGUGCGCGCCCCGGACCGGGACUGUGCACCCGGAGGCUGCGUGCGCCCCGAAGCCUGCGUGCGCCCCGAAGCCGGGGUGUGCGCCGGCCGGCCCCAGGCACAGCCGGCCGCCUCCCUCCGGACUUCUGCGGCUCGCCAAGGUCCAGUAGUGGUGCUGGAUUUGGAGAGCGUGGAGCCCCUGAGCCUGAGCCUCACACCUGCCUCUGCUCCAAAGAGCUGUGGCUGCAGUGGGCUGGCUGAGACUCUUCACAGCACCUGCCUGGGACACUCUGAGACCGUCCUCCUCCACAGCUGCCUUCUCCCGGGCUCCUGAGCCUGCCCUUCUGAACUCACUGGUCCGUGCCGCAGUUAGAAGCCCUGCCCGGAGCUGGAUCCUUAUAGACUCUCCAACGAGUUUUACAGACUUCCUGGAUGAAGAGUGCCUGAGAGACUGACAGUCUGCGUUCCCUAAGAUGGAGAAGACAGAUGCCAAAGACCAGUCCUCUCAGGGAGAGGAAGAGAAAGACCCUCCAAAGAGCCACCCCUACUCUGUGGAGACCCCAUAUGGCUUUCAUUUAGACCUGGACUUCCUCAAGUACGUGGAUGACAUUGAGAAGGGAAACACCAUCAAAAGGAUUCCUAUCCACAGAAGGGCCAAGCAGGCCAAGUUUAGCACUUUGCCCCGAAACUUCAGCCUUCCUGACAGCAGGGCUCGCCCCCAUGCUGCUCUUCCCCACCAAAACUGGUCCCCAGUGGUGCCAAGGAAGGUGCCGCUGGGGACAGAGGAGCGAGCCCAGUCGUUGCCACCUGGUGAACAUGUGCAAGCCUCCACCAGCGGGAGUGACGUGAGCUACCACAGGAAGGCCCUGCUGGCGGAGACAGCCAGACAUUUGGAGGCUGCAGCCCCCAGGGAGGCUGAGCUGGCCUCCGGGAGUGGACGGCCCCAGCUCUUGAGGGCAUCCAGCAUGCCAGCCACACUGCUGCAAAACAGGGCCUCUGAGGACCCAAGCCUAAACUCAGGUCCCCCCACACCUCCUGCCCUCCCUCCCCUUCAGGGUGAAGGCAAUGUCUGUGAUGGCACCUUUGGCCCUGCAGAUGGAUUUGCGGGCUUUCAAAACUCCACCCCACGAGCAACAACUCAACCCAAAGUCAGAGAGUUUGGGGACCUGGUGCCAGGGAUUCCAGAGCUGGUCCAGGAAGGCGCUGAGCCUCCAGAGGAUGCAGAUGAUGAGGAGGCUCCAAAUCACCUCUCUUUCCCAAGUCCUCCCUUCUCAUCCCAGGAUGCACUGAUAGUUCUCGAGGAUGAAGAAGAUGAACACAAAACCCCAGAAGCAGAGGUAGUGGUCACCCCUGGCUCCCCAACACCAAGUCCCCCACCUCUGCCAUCACCCAUCCCUGAGAACGAGUUCCCCCUAGAAGAAAUAGAGCUCAACAUCAGCGAGAUCCCACCCCCACCACCUGUGGAGAUAGACGUGAGAAGCAUUGGCGUCCGGGUCACGGAGGAAAGCCUGGGCCUCCCCACGAUGGAUCCCGUCAGCAUCUCCAGCCUGAAGCAACAGCUGUCUGCCCUUGAGGGUGAGCUAUCUGGAAGAACUGAGGAACUGGCCCAGGUCAGAGCUGCCCUCCAGCAGCAGGAGGAGGAAAUCAAGGCUAGAGGGCAGAGGAUUCAAGAACUAGAGUGCACGGUAGCUCAACUGGCAGAUAAGCUUAGCCAUGAGAACGCCAAAGAUGCUCAGGGCCAGACUGACGCCGUGGUCAACACUGACCCCCUCCAUGGACUCUUGACCAGGGAGUUGUGUGACAAGAGCAUUGAGGUCAACCUUCUGGGCAGCACAGAAUCUGAAAGCUGGAGGGCUGGAGGAGAGGAGAAUGGGCUCUUAUGGGGGCAGGACAGCCACAAACCGGGGGAUUGGAGCCCAGCAGAAUUCAUGCCACCAUCUCAGCUCUCACUGCCACAAGGACCCGAGAUGGUCCUCACGCCCUCUUUACAUAGCUGCCUCUCCACUGAGCUGAGGAUCGAAGAAACAGGCUCUGAGCUUGAGGGGGACCCUCAGGUGGGAACCAAGGGUCUGGGCAAGGGACCAGGAGGCUCUCCAUGGAGCAGUGAUAGAAAGACUCCUCCGGCAGGGAGGGAGGAGGCCAGUUCAGAGCUGCCAGGGAAGGAGCGCCCAGGGAGGCCAUCAAGUUCACCAACAGAUGCCACUAUUGGGCAAUAUGUUAAGAAGAUCCAGGAACUCCUGCAGGAGCAAUGGAGCUGCCUGGAGCACGGGUACCCGGAGCUGGCCAGUGCCAUCAAGCAGCCUGCCUCCAAGCUCAGCAGCAUCCAGAGCCAGCUACUCAGCUCCCUCAACCUGCUGCUGUCUGCCUACUUGGCCCACGCUCCACCCCAGAAGGAGCCCCCGGCCCCUGCCUCCUCUCCGCUGAUGGAGAUCUCCCCGUCGACCAGCCUUAAGUCCAUAAUGAAAAAGAAAGACUAUGGCUUCCGUGCAGGAGGUAAUGGGACCAAAAAGAACCUUCAGUUUGUUGGGGUUAACGGUGGCUAUGAGACCACCUCAAGCGAGGAGACCAGCGGUGAGGACAGCUCCCCGGAAGACUUGUCUGACAGCGAGGCUGAGAAGAAAUGUGAUGGCACAGAACACAAGCGGGGCAAGGAGGCCCACCCCGGCUGCAAGGCCGGGCAGGGCAUCCCAGAGGGCACCAGCACCUCAGGCCAGGACGGUGGGCCUCCUGAAGACCUCCCCCAUCCCAAGGCUGAGAGAUAUAAGCCUUCAGAAGAAUUCCUCAGUGCAUGCCGGGCAUUGAGCCAACAUCUGCCAGAAAGUGGGGCCACCACCGACCAACUCUUGAGGCAGAGCUUGAACACCAUCAGUCAAGAGUGGUUCCGCAUCUCCAGCCGGAAGUCGUCUAGCCCUGCUGUGGUGGCGGCCUACCUCCGUGGGGUCCAGCCCCACUCCCCACACUUCCUGAAGCUGCUUGUGAACAUGGCAGAUGGCAACGGGAACACGGCUCUUCACUAUAGCGUGUCUCACUCCAACUUCUCUGUGGUGAAGCUGCUGCUGGAGACAGGUGUCUGCAAUGUUGACCAUCAGAACAAAGCCGGCUACACUGCCGUGAUGAUCACUCCCUUGGCUUCUGCAGAGACCGACGAAGACAUGGCUGUCGUCUGGAAGCUCUUAAGAGAAGGAAAUGUGAACAUCCAAGCUACUCAGGGAGGCCAGACUGCCCUGAUGCUGGGAGUCAGCCAUGACAGGGAGGACAUGGUCCAGGCACUGCUCAACUGCCAGGCAGAUGUCAACCUGCAGGACCACGAGGGAUCGUCAGCCCUCAUGCUGGCCUGUCACCACGGCAACGUCGACAUGGUGCGGCUGCUCCUGGCACACCCGGCCUGUGACAGCAGCCUGACCGACAAGGCUGGCCGAACAGCUCUGUCCAUCGUUCUGAAAUCACCCGCCCAUGUGGAAAUUGCAGGGCUUCUGCGGGCCCACGCAGAGCAGGGCAGGUCCCUGGGGCCGUAGGGGCUACAGAAGAAUUGGCAGCUGGGAACAAAAGACUCCUUCUCUGGACUCCUUCUUAGCCCUUGGAGAGGGCAUGGGUCAAAGCCAGAGGGCCGCCCUUCAAGAGAAGAAACUAUGUCAAAUAUGCACAUACAUUCCUGUUAUAUAAUUCUGCUCAUUAGAACGCUUUGUAGUUUUUGCCUUAGGCCAAGCCCCAAAACUACGCAGGCUGCAGAGCAGGGUAUAAGGUGCAGGGUGCAUUGGUGUUGUCUAAAAAUCCCCAACAUCUUCAGCCUUGAAUUCCUCGUGACUCUAUCCUUUGUAGCACCAUGUAGCGAGCAGACAGGCAGGAGCACAUUAGCAAAGCAAUACUUUUUACAUGGAAUUUUAAAGUGCACCAUCUUUUUUGUUUUUUAAUCAGUUACAUGAAUAUGUCUCAUUGAAUAUGCAUGUCUAGAAAGGAUUGGGCGGGGAGGGGAGGGGGGGCUUGGGGGGAGGUGGAUUUAAGCAGCCACCCUGGCAAUCAUUCUCUAGAGGACCCUAGGAGAAUCACCAUACUGACAGCUGAAACUGAACAAACCCCAUCUGGGGCCUUUGUUUGGCUAGGGUUGAUAGAGAAAUCUUAAAUUCAGGCAAAGUAGAAAGAGCAUAUUGGUAUCAAUGCCAGGUAUACAGUCUUGACCAUUUCUGAGUCAUUAAGUGGCCCCAAUUUGCGCCAGGGAAAUUGGAAUUAAUUAGGAAAUCCAAUCCAGUGAAGCACACCACAUGUAUUUAGGCAGAGUCUAGUUACAUCAGCUAUUCUGAAUCUAUGAAAGAAACAAAUAGGAAUGAGCAUCCUCCUGGGGACAGGCUGUUGUCAUCUAGAAGCCACCACAUUACCUCUAGAGCCAUAUCCAUGGCCUCAUGGGAGUCCUGGCUCCUUUCCCCUCAUAGACCUUGAGUGAACUCUGAGCCCUCACGAGGCGCUGAGGUUUCUGAGGCUCCUGGUUGCAAAACCUGUCACUUUGGACUGCAGCAGGAAUGUGGGAGCUGAGCAGGGCAUGGCCCUCUCUGGGCUCACUCCUCUCUCCACUAGACAGACAGUUUUCUCUUAAACUUCCAUAAUCCCAGGGGCCCAUAUGUGCAUGGCUUCUAUUCAGUAACUCACACAAAGUUAUCUAUGAAUUUGUUCUUAAAGUCUCCUAUGCAAAAAAAAAAAAAAAAAAUCCUCUUUAUAUAAACAGAAAAGACAUCGAAGUUUGGUGAGCCUCACAUUGGAAUAUCAAAACCUCUAGUUCUCAUUUUGACUCAUAUGUCAAUUUGCUUGGUGUCCCUUGGGAGAGUCAUGAAACCUCCUUGAACCCUGGUUUCAUCAUCUCCCAAAAAGGAAAUUAUCAUACAACCUAUCUCCUGGGGGUGUCAUACAAGGAACAGCUGAUGGAAGUUUGGGAAUCAAAUUUGUAACCCAUACUGACUGUCUACAGAAAUGGCGCAGCAAACUUUUAUACGCUGUUGGGAUUCAUGAGCAUCUCAAAGUCCCAGAGCAGGACACUGAUGUGUGACAGUGUUGCUCAGAGGUAGAGAGAAUGGAGCAAAUAAUGAGCUAAAAAUACUUUAAGUGGGUUUACGUUGACCUGAAAGCACAUUUUAAGGGCAAAAACCCACCUUAAAAAAAUGUUCCAGCCCAGUGCUUCUCAAACUUUGAUAUGCAUACAAUCACCUGCAGGUCUUGUUAGAAUGAAGUAGGUCUGAGGGGAAGGGAGCUGAGAGUAUACAUUUCUAACCAUUCUCAGGGGAUGCUGAUGUUCCUGGGCCACACCACACUUGGAGUAUCAAGGCUCCGGCCUGGCCUGACUGUUUAUAUAUUAAAAUGCUGCCCCUCAA